UAUUCAUUUUUUUUUUAUCCCUUUAAAUUUUGCAAAAAAUGGAUACACGUGGAUAGCCUCCACUCCACAUUAUCAAGAUCACCAUCACCAACAUUCUCAUUGAGGAGGAAAAUUUCAUGCCAUCGAAAACUUAUCAGAAGGAGAAACAAAGCAUCACUGAAUUAAAACCAUUUACUCACGUCGAGUUGAAGUGAAGAUUUCUUGAACAGUAUAAUCGGUGAUCUUCAUGAUGAGUACAGACCAACAGGAAAUCUGAUUUGUUUUUUAGUCGAGGAAAUUCUUAUAAGAGGAAGUUAAUUUUCUUGCCAAGAUACACACAAGAAAAGUUGCUGAGUGUUGAACAUCAUGUUGCAAUUCUUCAUCAAUGGCCUUCCCCUAUUCUUCUUCUUCUUCUUCUUCUUCAUCUCAUUUUUAGUUCUUAAAUGGCUCUUGAAUCCUCCUAUACAAAAAAACCUCCCACCUUCACCACCAAAGCUUCCAAUUCUUGGAAACCUCCACCAACUAGGCUUGUAUCCUCACCGCUCCCUGCGCUCGUUGGCUCAAUGUUAUGGCCCCCUCAUGCAACUCCGCUUUGGAAGCAUCCCUGUUCUUGUUGCCUCAUCUGCAGAUGUUGCAAGGGAGAUCAUGAAAACCCAUGAUCUCACUUUCUCAAACAGACCAAAGUUUAACAUUGCCGAUAAACUUCUCUAUGGAGGGCAGGAUGUGUCCACAGCACCUUAUGGUGAGUAUUGGAGGCAGAUGAGAAGCAUUUGUGUGCUUCAGCUUUUAAGUACCAAGAGGGUGCAAUCAUUUCGAAGUGUAAGAGAAGAAGAAAUCGCCAUCUUUGCCAAGAAGAUCAAAGAAUCUGCUUACUUGUCAUCUCCAGUUAAUUUAAGCGAAACCUUUGCAUCUCUUACAAAUGAUAUUGUAUGCAGGGUGGCUUUAGGAAGGAAGUACAGUGAAGGUAAGAGCGGGAAGAAGUUUAAGGAGUUAUUAGGGGAGUUCAUGGAAUUGUUAGGUACUUUCACUGUGGGGGACUUUAUCCCAUGGCUUGGUUGGGUAAAUGGUAUAAACGGCUUUGAUGCGAAAGUGGAGAAAAUUUCCAAAGAGUUUGAUACAUUUCUAGAUGAAGUAGUUGAAGAGCAUAUGGAUACUGCAAAAAGAAGAAGCAACGCUAAUCAUAGAAAUGUAGAAAGUGAAGACAAGAAAAAUUUUGUGGAUGUUCUGCUUAAGCUUCAAGAGGAUAACAUGGCCGGAUUUUCCAUGACCAAAGUUAACAUUAAAGCCCUCAUCUUGGAUAUGUUUGCUGCUGGAACUGAUACUACUUACACAGUGCUAGAAUGGGCAAUGUCAGAGCUCCUGAGGCACCCCAGAGUGAUGAAGGAAGUGCAAAACGAGGUAAGAAGAAUUGGCAAUGGCAAAGCACAGAUAACAGAAGGUGAUUUGGAUCAAAUGAAUUUCCUGAAGGCAGUGAUCAAAGAGACUCUAAGGUUAUAUCCUCCAAUUCCAUUACUAGUUCCACGAGUAUCGACCCAAGAUGUCAAAAUAAAAGGAUACGACGUAGUUGCUGGUUCAACGGUAUUUACCAAUGCAUGGGCGAUUGGGAGAGACCCUAAGCGAUGGGACCAACCUGAGGAAUUUAGGCCUGAGAGAUUCUUGAAUAGCAGUAUAGAUUUCAAAGGACAUGAUUUCGAACUGAUUCCAUUUGGAGGUGGCAGGAGAGGCUGCCCUGGAAUUUUAUUUGCCAUGACAACAAAUGAGCUAGUUUUGGCAAAUCUUGUCAACCAGUUCAACUGGGCAUUGCCUGGUGGUGCCAGCGGGAAAGAUCUGGACAUGACCGAAUGUCCUGGUCUUACCAUCCAUAGAAAAUUUCCUCUUCUUGCUAUUGCAACUCCAAGGCCUUGAUCACCCAUAAAAAUAGACAAAAUUAAGGUUUAAAUUCUUAAUAUUAAAAAACUGUAAAUUUAAGUCUCAUUAAUCGAAUUAUUAUAUUGAUUUCA